CGACUUGAGAGAGGGGGAGGGAGGGAGAGAGAGCUAGCUAGAUAGACAGGGAGAGAGAGAAAAAUGGCGCCUCGAUGCUGCGCUCACUGAGGCAGUGUUUGGAGCUGGCUUGGGAGAUUCAGUAAGGGCAGACAAAAGGAAAAAAACAUGGUGAACACAAGGAAAGGCUCACGGUCGGGGAGCGGUCCCUUCAUCUCCUCGAGGACUAGAUCGUCGUCGAGAAACGAGCGAAACUCUGAUGAACAUAAAGAGCUCAGUAGUGAUGUGAGCAGUCCAAGCAGUUCGCGGCUGGCUCCCCCUUCCAAGCGGAUGCGGCGCCAGACUGCCUCCGAGCCCAGCUCCAGUGAUACCUCCCCAUCCCCUCAGACCAAGGGCCAGAGGGUCAGCUGGGAAAUUCCCACCUACCACACCAGGUUGUCCUCUCGCAUAAUGCAAAAUGGACACGCCCAUAUGAGUCACCGGAAUGAAGAGAGUGGAGGGGGAGAUCACUCUCGCAUGAAUGGCCAUGUGGAGCUGAAGAGGAGCUGCCGCGUGAAGAAGAGCCAAUUUGAACACCUCAAUCAGAGCCUGCUGUUUGACCAGCUGGUCAACAGCACUGCGGAGGCUGUCCUUCAGGAGAUGGACAACAUCAGCAGCAUCAGGCAGAACCGUGAGGUGGAGCGACUUCGCAUGUGGACAAGAGACACUGAGGAGGAAAACAUGGACAUGUAUUCUCGGGUGAAGCGCAGAAAAUCCAUGCGCAGGGGCACCUUCAGCAUGCCUACACACCACAAAGUCAUGAGCAAGACGGAGCAGGAGGAUGAAGAGGAGGAAGAGACGGAAGAUUCUCACGGGGAGGAAGAGGAGGAGGACGCAGAAGAUGAAGACGACGAAGGGGAUGAAGCAGAAGAGGCAGGAGAGGAAAAUGACAGGCCGUACAAUCUGAGGCAGCGGAAGACGGUGCAGAGAUAUGAGGCACCACCUAUUGAACCUGUGAAUAGAAAACAGAGCAACCCCUCACUUUUUGACACCCACAGAUCCCCAGCAAGAAGAAGCCAUAUAAGAGUGAAGAAACAUGCCAUUCACAGCAGUGACACCACCUCGUCUUCUGAUGAAGAGCGGUUUGAGCGGAGGAAAAGCAAAAGCAUGACCCGGGCCAGGAACAGAUGUCUGCCCAUGAACCUGGCGUCAGAAGACCUGGCUAGUGGGGUGCUGCGUGAUCGGGUGAAAGUGGGUGCCAGCUUGGCCGAUGUGGAUCCCAUGAACCUUGAUAGCUCAGUGAAAUUUGACAAUGUGGGUGGCCUCAGUAAUCACAUUCAGUCGCUAAAGGAGAUGGUUGUGUUCCCACUGCUUUAUCCUGAGAUCUUUGAGAAGUUUAAGAUUCAGCCUCCCAGAGGGUGUUUGUUCUACGGCCCUCCGGGGACAGGAAAGACCCUGGUGGCGCGGGCGCUUGCCAAUGAGUGUAGCCAGGGAGACAGGAAAGUUUCCUUCUUCAUGAGGAAAGGAGCCGACUGCCUCAGCAAGUGGGUCGGCGAAUCAGAACGCCAGCUACGCCUGCUCUUUGACCAGGCUUACCUGAUGAGGCCAUCCAUCAUUUUCUUUGACGAGAUUGAUGGUUUGGCUCCUGUUCGCUCCAGCAGGCAAGACCAGAUACACAGUUCUAUUGUGUCCACGCUGCUGGCCUUGAUGGACGGCUUGGACAGUCGUGGGGAGAUAGUGGUCAUUGGUGCUACAAACAGACUUGACUCUAUCGACCCGGCACUCAGGAGGCCUGGACGCUUUGACCGGGAGUUUCUGUUCAACCUGCCCGACAAGAAGGCCAGAAAGCACAUCUUGGAGAUUCACACACGGGACUGGAAUCCCAAAUUGGCUGAGCCAUUUGUAGAUGAACUUGCAGAAAAAUGUGUCGGCUACUGCGGUGCUGACAUUAAAGCACUUUGCACAGAGACAGCCUUGGCGGCGUUGCGCCGCCGCUACCCCCAGAUCUACGGCAGCAGCGUCAAACUGAAGCUGGAUAUCGGCUCCAUCGUCCUGGGGCCGGGCGACUUCAGCAAGGCCAUGAGGACAAUCGUCCCCGCCUCCCAGAGGGCCCUGGCUCCCCCUGGCCGAGCCCUGUCCCCCACCCUCAGGCCGCUGCUGGCCAGCUCUUUCUCCUUGUUGCUGAAAGCUCUGCUCCGAGUCUUCCCCCACGCUCAGUGUACUGACAGGGACCACACACACGGCGCUGACAAUCAACUGCCUGAAGAGGACGUGUACAGUGAUGAUGACAAUGAAGAACACUCUGCUUCCAUCUAUGAAGUCCAGCCUGCUGCAUCCCCAAAGAGUCAGCACUCCUCUUCUGCAACGCACAGACCCUUCCUCCAUUUCUCCUCCUCCGCCCUCCAACAGCCGACAGCCUACCGGCCUCGUCUGAUGCUGGCCGGUCCCCCGGGCUCAGGACAGAGUUCCCACUUGGCCCCCGCCUUGCUGCACCACCUGGACAAGCUGCCAGUGCACCUCCUGGAUUUGCCCACUCUGUACUCCGUCAGCGCCAAGACGCCAGAGGAGUCCUGUGCUCAGGUUUUCCGCGAGGCCCGCCGGAGCGUGCCCAGUGUGGUGUUCAUACCACAUAUCUCAGAGUGGUGGGAGAUAGUGAGUGACACUGUUAAGAGCACCUUCCUCACCCUGCUGCACGAUGUCCCCUCUUUCUGCCCUGUCCUUAUCCUCGCCACUGCUGAGACCCACUACUCCCAGCUGUCAGACGAGGUGAGAAGUAUUUUCCAGAGGACCUACGGGGAGGUAGUGACGCUGUGUCCUCCAGGACCAGAGGACAGGAGGAGUUUCUUCACUGACCUGCUUCUGGUCCAAGCGGCCAGGGCUCUGCCACGCUUCAGGAAUAAGGAGAGGCGUGAAGAGGUACUACCGGUGGCAGAGGCUCCAGGCCCCAGAGUCCUGUCAGCAGAAGAACAGCGCCGCCUGGCUGAGCAGGAGGAGAACACACUACGAGAGCUCAGGCUCUUUCUCAGGGACGUGACCAAGCGCCUGGCCACCGACAAACGCUUCAACAUCUUCAGCAAGCCAGUUGACAUUGAGGAGGUGUCCGACUACCUGGAGGUUAUUCGGCAGCCCAUGGACCUGUCCACUGUCAUGACCAAGAUUGACACCCUCCAGUACCUGACAGUGAAGGACUUCCUGUUGGACAUCGAUCUCAUCUGCAGUAAUGCUUUAGAAUACAACCCUGACAAGGAUCCCGGAGACAAGGUGAUCAGGCACCGAGCGUGCAGUUUAAAGGACACAGCCCAUGCUAUAUUUGCUGCCGAGCUGGACCCGGAGUUCGACCGCAUGUGUGAAGAGAUCAAGGAGGCACGCAGGAAGAGGGACCUCCAGGCGCCAGCUCAGCCGACGACGCUGAUGGGCGCUGUGGCAACCAGAAAGCACCACACAGCGGGAGAGGAGCCAGCCAGGAGCAGCACUCAGGGCGAGGCCACGGACAAACAGUGCACCACUAAUCACAUAAAGCGGAAGAUGCGCCGGCGACCAUCUUGGGGGCGGGGCAUCAUCCGUAAGAAGAAGAUCUACAGGAAGGAAAUGGAAGAGGAGGAGGACGAGGAGGAGGCAGAGGUGGAAGCUGCAAGGCCCAGUGACUCGUGUGUGACACAGGAUGAGGAAUCCUCAUCUUGUGACACCAUGGGUCCCCAGCCCAAUGGCCACCUUCCCCACGUCCCCUCCACAGAGGAGGAGAGCUCUAACGAGCCCCCUGUUGCAGCUCCAGCUGAACCUCCAGAAGCCAGUAAAGCCCAAAAAGAACCAACACCUAAGGAUGAGGAGCCCACAGCCAAAGAGGCAGAGCCUGAGAACACAGAAAAAUGCAAUGAGCUAUUUUGGCUUGAUGGCAGUACUCAGCCCAUGGCUGACGGGGAUGGCCAGGCCAGGCAGGCUGACUUCCAGCCUUUGAUUGAAAUGUCCGAGUCUUUAGAUACUGAGGUCCAGCCGAAGCACACAGAUGGUCUCCUAGUAUCACAAGCGGACUGUGUGAAUGGAAAUGCGUCAAUGGACAGCCUGGAUUCGCAGAGCCUCAAAAGCAGCAAUGAGGCUGAGAAAAGGACUCCUCAGAGCCCAGCUGAAAGCUCUAAUGGACCAGUACAGGAAGAGCACAAGGACAAAAAUGAGAGCAAUCAAACUCAGGAGCCCCCUCCCCAGGAUGGCAGGGCAGCAACAGAAAAUGUUGAGGAAGAUCAAGAUAUAGAAGGGGGUUCCACAGCCAAGACAUGCAAGGUGAGCCUGUCAGAGCAGCUGAAGGGAUCUGCUGAAUGUACAGAGGAAGAGCCACAACCUCCCCAUCCUCCCUUAGUGGUUGACCACCUGCGACUUUCGGCUCUCCUGGAUGUGGUGGUGAAGAAGAGUGAGGGCUACAGUGUGGAGCAGCUGGAGAGACUGUACUCCCUCCUCAGCCAGUGUAUCUACCAGCACCGCAGAGAGUACGAAAAGACCCAGCUACUGGAGGAGAUGGAGGAGAGAAUCCAGCAUUUCGAUACAUUCCUGUGAGAAUACCUAAUCAGGUAGCUCCUGCACAGCCCGGGACCACAAAGACACACAAACUGAGUGAGUGAGUGAGAGGGAAGGAGCUUCUGAGUCCAGCCCUCAACACAAAAAGACACACA